AGCCCAACCAACAAGGAGAGAUAGCAGAGAGGCGUCAGCUGCUCUCCCAGGUGAGUUGCCUGUCUAAUGUUACCAAAACACUGAGUGGCUUCGUUCAACAUUCUCUCUCCCCUCACUUACCACGAGGUCUGCGGGGACGCUCAGCUAUACACACAGCCUAGAAAUUUCAGUAGGAACUUUUUCACUCUGGUCCUGCUGAUACUUAGAAAGGAACUAGUGAGCCUUGUAGGAAAGGAACAACGCUGCCGGCUGGCAGAGGGAAUUCCCUGUUGGACUGUCCCAUAGGUUCUCCUACCCCCACCCCCACACUCCACUCACACCUGCUUCGACCCCAGAAGGAUCAGAUGUGGCAGUGGGGGGGGGAUGGGUCAUGUGAUGGAGAGACAGCUAUAAAUAGCUAGAGGUGGGCAUGUUGCCCCAGACGCCUUGGGGACAGUCAAAAGCAGAGGCUUAAGGAGGUACUAGGGGGAGACUAGGAGCAAGCAGGCCAAGGCCUGGCUGGGGCUUGGGGGGAGGACACAUGGAGCGGUCCCAGUCCCAGCAACAUGGAGGUGAACAAAGCUGGUGGGGCACUGCCCCCCAGUACCAGUACAUGCCCUUCGAACAUUGUACCAGCUAUGGACUGCCCUCAGAGAAUGGGAGCCUUCAGCACCGGCCCCGAAAGGACCUGGGUCCCAGGCACAAUGCCCACCCAACACAGAUAUAUGGCCAUCACAAAGAACAAUAUUCAUAUCAGGCACAGGACAGGGGAAUACCCAAGAAGACGGACUCCAGUUCUACUGUGGACAGCUUGGAUGAGGACCACUAUUCUAAAUGUCAAGACUGUGUCCAUCGCCUGGGACGUGUGCUGAGAAGGAAGCUGGGGGAAGACUGGAUCUUUCUUGUGCUCCUGGGCCUACUGAUGGCUCUUGUCAGCUGGUGCAUGGACUAUGUUAGCGCCAAGAGCCUUCAGGCCUACAAGUGGACCUAUGCCCAGAUGCAGCCCAGCCUUCCUCUACAGUACUUGGCCUGGGUCACCUUCCCACUUAUCCUCAUCCUCUUCAGUGCCCUCUUUUGCCAACUCAUCUCUCCCCAGGCUGUGGGCUCUGGAAUCCCUGAGAUGAAGACAAUUCUUCGUGGUGUUGUCUUGAAGGAAUACCUCACACUCAAGGCCUUUGUAGCCAAGGUGGUGGCCUUGACAGCCGGUCUGGGCAGUGGUAUCCCUGUGGGGAAAGAGGGUCCCUUUGUUCACAUUGCCAGCAUCUGUGCUGCUGUCCUCAGCAAAUUCAUGUCCAUGUUCUCUGGUGUCUAUGAGCAGCCAUACUAUUACACUGACAUCCUGACAGUGGGCUGUGCCGUGGGGGUCGGUUGCUGUUUUGGAACACCACUUGGAGGAGUGCUGUUCAGCAUCGAGGUCACCUCUACCUACUUUGCCGUUCGGAAUUACUGGCGAGGAUUCUUUGCAGCCACCUUCAGUGCCUUUGUGUUCCGCGUCCUGGCAGUGUGGAACAAGGAUGCUGUCACUAUUACUGCUCUGUUCAGAACUAAUUUCCGGAUGGAUUUCCCCUUUGACCUGAAGGAACUCCCAGCUUUUGCUGUCAUUGGGAUUUGCUGCGGGUUCUUGGGAGCUGUUUUUGUUUAUCUGCAUCGCCAAGUCAUGCUCGGUGUCCGAAAGCACAAGGCUCUCAGCCAGUUUCUUGCUAAGCACCGCCUGCUCUAUCCUGGAAUCGUUACUUUUGUCAUCGCCUCACUCACCUUUCCACCAGGAAUGGGUCAAUUCAUGGCUGGAGAGCUGAUGCCCCGUGAAGCUAUCAGCACCCUCUUUGACAACAACACAUGGGUAAAGCACAUAGGUGAUCCCAAAAGCUUGGGCCAGUCAGCUGUGUGGAUUCACCCCCAGGUCAACGUGGUCAUCAUCAUCCUUCUCUUCUUCGUCAUGAAGUUUUGGAUGUCCAUUGUGGCCACGACUAUGCCCAUACCCUGUGGAGGCUUCAUGCCUGUUUUUGUGCUAGGAGCUGCCUUUGGAAGGCUGGUAGGAGAGAUCAUGGCCAUGCUGUUCCCUGAGGGAGCAGCAGCUUUGACAGGGGCUGUCUCUCACACAGUCUCCACAGCUGUGAUUUGCUUCGAAUUAACCGGUCAGAUUGCUCACAUCCUGCCCAUGAUGGUGGCUGUUAUCUUGGCCAACAUGGUGGCCCAAAGUCUGCAGCCCUCCCUCUAUGACAGCAUCAUCCAGGUCAAGAAGCUUCCCUAUUUGCCAGACCUUGGUUGGAACCAGCUCAGCAAAUUUACAAUUUUUGUUGAGGACAUCAUGGUACGUGACGUGAAGUUUGUUUCAGCUUCUUGUACAUACGGGGAACUAAGAAACCUACUCCAGACCACCACAGUCAAGACUUUACCAUUGGUUGACUCCAAAGAUUCAAUGAUCCUGCUAGGCUCUGUGGAACGCUCAGAACUGCAGUCCCUCCUGCAGCGCCACCUGUGUGCAGAGCGAAGGUUGAAGGCUGCCCAGGACAUGGCUCGAAAGUUAUCAGAGCUGCCCUAUAAUGGCCAGGCUCAGCUAGCUGGGGAGUGGCAUCCUGGUGGUCGACCUGAGUCCUUUGCCUUCGUAGAUGAAGAUGAAGAUGAGGACGUCUCCCGGAAGACAGAGCUUCCACAGACUCCAACUCCUCCUCCUCCUCCCCCUCCUCCUCUGCCUCCCCAGUUUCCUAUUGCUCCAUCAUACCCUGAAGAGCCUAACGGGCCACUGCCCAGCCACAAACAGCCCCCUGAAGCUUCAGACUCUGCAGAUCAAAGGUCCUCCAUCUUCCAGCGCCUGCUGCACUGCUUACUGGGCAAAGCUCACUCCACAAAGAAGAAAAUAACCCAGGAUUCAACAGAUUUAGUGGAUAACAUGUCACCUGAAGAGAUUGAGGCCUGGGAGCAGGAGCAGCUGAGCCAGCCUGUGUGUUUUGAUUUCUGCUGCAUUGACCAGUCUCCCUUCCAGCUGGUGGAGCAGACAACUCUGCACAAGACUCAUACACUCUUCUCACUUCUUGGCCUCCAUCUUGCCUAUGUGACCAGCAUGGGGAAGCUCAGAGGUGUCUUGGCACUAGAAGAGCUACAGAAAGCUAUCAAGGGCCACACCAAAUCUGGAGUGCAGCUUCGCCCUCCACUUGCCAGCUUCCGGAAUACAACUUCAAUUCGGAAGACCCCUGGGGGGCCACCCCCUCCUGCAGAGAGCUGGAAUGUGCCUGAGGGUGAAGAUGGAGCUCCUGAAAGAGAAGUCAUGGUUCCUACCAUGCCAGAGACUCCUGUCCCACCACCAUCUCCAGAGGUCCCUUCCUGCCUGGCCCCAGCCAGAGUGGAGGGUGAGCUGGAGGAACUGGAGAUGGUGGGGAACCUAGGGCCUGAGGAGGACCUGGCUGACAUCUUGCAUGGCCCCAGUCUGCGGUCCACUGAUGAGGAAGAUGAGGACGAGCUGAUCCUGUGAACAACACCCUCCAAGCUUUCUUCAUAAAAACCACAGGGCCCAUGUCAGAGAGUGGGCUUGUAUAUGAAAUGGGUGCCCUGAAGUUGGGGAGACCUCCAUUUCAUCAUUGUUCCUACCCCACUAUGAAAGGUGAUGGUGAUGAUCUUAAGGAGAACUUGAUCUUGGGCAGGGAAGAAUUUGGGUCCAUCAGACCCCCCUCCCCAUUUCCAGGGAGGGUUCAAGGCCCCAUGCUCAAAGGACUUCUGUGUUCCUGCUGUGCAGGUUCAGUCCCUGUCACUCUAAUGCCCCACAAUUCCCAGUGUCGUUCUGUCACCAUCCUGGCCCGGCAUGCCUGUCUAUAUUUCAGUUUCCAUAUGGAGUAGGUGAGUGGAGGCCCAGAUUGAAAGAAUCCGCAAGUGUCACAUUGGAAGGGAAUGUGGGACCACAAUAUUGCCAUGUGGAUUGACUACCCUAAAAUGUGCCCCCAAGCCUGCCAGCUGUACUUUCUACCUGUGUGCUCCCCCAAAUUUGUCCUAGACCCCAUCAUUGCUGCCACUGUUUCUAGGCCAAGCCCUUUAUCAGGGCUGAAAAAGCCAACCUUUGUUUCCACAGAACCAUGUGCAGUUCCCUGGAAAGGAGGUUGAUGAUGUGUGUAGAGACAGGCGUCAUGGCUCAGUACAGGUGUCAGACCCCUACAGCCGAGAGCUCUGUUUCUUGUCCCAGCCUCUUUGCCUAGCUCCUUGUUACACUUAACUAACUUAGCCCGCCAGGAGUCAGCUCUGCCUUGGGGCCACUCUUACUAGAGCUCCUCCCAAAACAGACAAGGCUCUGUCUCGUGCAGCUUUGGGGAAUGCAGACUCCAGCCCUUUAUAAACUCUGUGGGAUCCUCUGGCAUAAACUGGGGCACCCUGAGCGUGGCAAGCUUUAGUUUACUCAUCCUUAGAGGGCCCCCAUCUUUUUCCUUUCAAACCAGCAAGGAGCUUGAUAGUCGUGCUGUACAGCAUUGGCCUGCUUAGCCUAGAAAUAUAUGCCGGGUGUUGUAACAUUCAGACACCUUGGCUCAUUCAUGGGUUCUUUCUGUCCCUCACUGUAUGCCUUUAGCUCUGUAGUUGAACCCUCAUAUAUUCUCCCAGUUCUGUCCCUUUCCCCAACUCCAGGUUUCUUCUGCCCCCCCCCCAAAUAAGACACUCAUAGUCAGAGGAUGCCACCACAUUCUGUUUAGUGUUGUUCAACACAGUCUCUGCCCUUCUCCAACAUGGGUUCCUUCCACCACCCCAGGCUAAGACAUUGAGGCCUAGGUAGGAGGACUAGCAGGGGGCAUCCAAGCCCAUGCCCAUGUGUAUAUAAUCUAUAAUACUUAUAUAUAUUUAUAUAGAAUUCUCUCUGUCAUAUAUGUCAUAGAAUCCUUCCUGGGCCUGGGGUGAGAGUUUCACAUUAAGAAAACAUGCUAAGACUGACCAUAAAAAUGGGUAUUUCUCAGACCUGGAAAACAGAGUGUGGGAUCUAUAUGAACAAGGCUAAGAACUCGUCCUUCAAGAUUCCCUUCUUAACACAAGGGAAAGAAAGAAGGUGUGUGGGCUGGGGGAGGCAAUGGGAGGGAAGGAAUGGAAGGUUUGGAUUUUCAUUUAAUAAAGUCAAUUGAAAAUGAA